CCGGGAAGGAAGCCGAGAAGGACAGAAGGAGGCGGCGGCGGCGGCGGCGAUUGGAGCCAAGGGCCCCUCCUCCUCCUCCUCCUCCUCGUCCGCCUCCGCCCCCUCCCCCGAGGGACUCGGGCCGUGUUCUCCCCGCUCCCUGCCCCGGGAACGAGCCGAGCCCGAGCGACGGCCCGGAGCUGCCGCCCCCUCCCCGCCGCCGGUGCCGCCGCGCCCCCUCCCCGCGUCCGACAUGAGCUUCUUGUUUGGUAGUCGAUCCUCCAAAACCUUUAAGCCAAAGAAGAACAUUCCAGAAGGCUCUCACCAGUACGAGCUCCUGAAACACGCGGAAGCCACCCUCGGCAGCGGCAACUUGCGGACAGCAGUUAUGCUUCCUGAGGGGGAGGACUUGAACGAGUGGGUCGCGGUGAACACUGUGGAUUUCUUCAACCAGAUCAAUAUGCUUUAUGGGACCAUAACGGACUUCUGUACUGAGGAGAGCUGCCCCGUGAUGUCAGCUGGCCCAAAAUAUGAGUAUCAUUGGGCAGAUGGAACCAACAUAAAGAAGCCUAUUAAGUGCUCUGCGCCAAAGUAUAUUGAUUACCUGAUGACUUGGGUACAAGACCAGUUGGAUGAUGAGACAUUGUUUCCCUCCAAAAUAGGUGUCCCCUUCCCAAAGAACUUCAUGUCAGUGGCAAAAACUAUCCUGAAGCGUCUGUUCAGGGUUUAUGCACACAUUUACCACCAGCACUUUGACCCGGUGAUCCAGCUUCAGGAGGAAGCCCAUCUUAACACAUCCUUCAAGCACUUCAUUUUUUUUGUGCAGGAAUUCAACUUAAUUGACAGAAGAGAACUUGCCCCACUUCAAGAACUGAUAGAAAAACUGACCUCAAAAGACAGAUGAGGGCUGUUCCAGUCAUAUCUUGCUGAAAUCAGGCUCUUAGGAAUAUAUUUGGGGUUGUUAUUUGGUUGGGUGGUAUGGGGAUUUAUUUGAGUUUAUUUUCCUUUAUUUUUUUUCUUCCUAAAUAAAUGAAAACCUUUUCUGUUACUUUAGAGGCAACCAAGAUCUAUUCUCUAUGCUUUUGGUGGAGUACAAUCUUUUCUCUUAGUGACAUACAGUGGUGUGAUCGUUUUUGUUUUUGUUUGGAAUUUGGGGAAGGGUUAGAGAUGGGGUCUACCUCCUUGUAGGUUUUUAGCUGAUGCUGUGUGCUUGACCCUACUGGUGGAUGGGUUCUACAUGGUGUAACUUGUGGCCCAUUCCUAACAUAAAAGACUUACCUUCUUAAGUGCCUUGGCAGAAGGUUCACUUCUGAGGUGCAAAGCGCAGAUGUAGUAGACUGAGCAUUGCUGAACACAAUGGACUGAUCACUACCCAGAAUGCUUGGCGAUGAUGACGAUGAUGUUUCUGUUAGAUUAUCUCAUUUUUAAAAAGCCAUAGUUUGCCUAAAUUGGUGAUCUCUAGCUUUUAAUACAUGAAGAAACAAUUCUUGAAUGUAGAUCUUUAAAAAAAACAACAAACAAAAAACCAGUGAGAAAUAACAUUUGUCAAUUUGUUAGUGAUUGUGAUGGUCAUGUUGAUGUAUGUUACUCUGUUCACCAAAUGAUGAGAGUUCUAUUAUGAGCAGGUCUUUUUCUAUCCCUUCAUGUCUGUGAUAUUGAAACUGGAGGAGACUAGAAUGUGUUCUCCAUUCUGGCAUGGCUCCUCCAGGCAGACACGUGCCUGCGCUGUAGGUCAGAAAGUAUUUAUUGCCACCUCCUGAGGUGAUGCAGCCAGCCCCAUCUGGGAGGUUUCUCACCAGUUGCCAAAUGAGCCAUAAAUCUCCUUCCACUGUGAAGAGAAUCAAAAAUAUCUCCACUGAAAUAAUACUGAAGAAAGGCCUGUCCUAAAGACACAUACAACCAGUAACAAGGAUUAAUCUCCUUGUAAACCCAGUGUCUGAGAACCUUCCACUUGUACUUAGAGCCAACUCCCAUUAGUAGAGAGUUAAAUACAUUGUUACUGUUUCAACACAGACAUUAAAAAUGGAGUUGAAAAGGAGUUUUUAGAAGUACUGGAUACGGGGGUGGCUAGGUGGUGCAGUGGAUAAUGCACCGGCCCUGGAGUCAGGAGUACCUGAGUUCAAAUUCGGCCUCAGACACUUGACACUAACUAGCUGUGUGACCCUGGGCAAGUCACUUAACCCCCAUUGCCCCACAAAAACAAAAACAAAACAAACAAAAAAAGAAGUACUGGUUAUUUUUCAACACUUCCAUUUAGUGAAUGGAGCUGUUGUGUUUGGCAUUAAAGAACCACAACAAAUAUUUAAAACAGUGAUUGACUUUAAAAGUAACAUAAGUUUCAAGGAGUUCCAUCCUUUUAUAACAAUUUAGUAAAUUGAAUGUUUUGUACACUGUGCCAGCAGCUUUCACUUAGGUGUAGCUUGUUCUUAUGAAAAACCCAAGAUUUCAGUUAUCUCUGAUACCAGUGUCUGCCUCCUGGAGCUGGCUAAGUCCAGUCAUCCCCAUCCUUCUUGCAAAAUAAUUCAGAUUCAUAACACUUUGGGUGGCUUUCCUAACGAACAGAGCAGCGAUGUGAUGGAUGUCGCUAGCAUCACUACAACCCAGAACUGCCUUGGCGCCAUUCCUCUUCUGCAAGGUCCAGGACACAUUCGUCAAGUGUUAGCAAUAGACAGUAAUGCCUUGGCAGAGAUGCUUCCAUCAGAUACUGGUAGUAUUUCUGUGAUACAGCAAUAAGAGGCAAUUGAUAAAUGUGUUUUAUCCUUUUAGGAAAGAAAAAGUAUCUUAUCAUCAUCCACAUAGAUAUUAACUGAAUUAGUUGAUUCAGAAACAACUGGGUGCCAAGUGGUUUAGGGAUCUACAUAGAAUCCCAUCUGCACUGGAAAAUAAAGCACAAGGUCACCCAAGUGGUCUUCCAUGUCACAUUUCACCUUAUGUAAACCCACUAACAGCAGGGUCACAAUAGCCAGGUGGAGAGAGAAUGGCUGAGAAACUAUUCUUGCACCUGAUAAACUUCAUGUAGCACUUAUACUGGGGUCUGAUGAUUCUCUAAGCUAAUGUCUAUAAGGAUACGUUGAUUUCCCAGUAUUUGUAGAUAAACUUUUGUUCUCUGUGCCAGAACCUCAGGUACCUGCCUCUGGGUUCAUCGGAGACAUUGGAAUUUGGAGGAUGCUGCUACUGUUUCUGUGGGUUUAAAGUAGAGGCUCUCAGUAAGGAGGGAUCUGGCUCAUACUCCUUGCUUUUGUAUAUGACUAGAAAGUAGAAAUUUCCAUAACACAUAAAAUCAAUUGCUUUAAGAUAAAUUGUUUAGUAUUGAUUUUUUUUUCCAUGAGAGGUUGUAAAAGCCAUGUUGGCAUCAGAUUUUGCUUUUGCCUCAGAAACUAAUCAGAGAGAGGUCUCUGCUUUUCAGGCCUUUUUUUUUUUUCCUCUUGACCUGAGUUCAAAAACAUUUUUCCUAUUCUCAAACGUAUACCCUUAAAUUCCGGUUGAAAGGUUAAGAGAAUACUACCAGUGGUGUUUCUGUCAAAACAAAACAAAACAAAAAACCCAAAACCUAGGCUAGAUACUCUCGGGUAAAUUUUAACAUGAUAGAAAAUGUUAAUGAUGAAAAAUAAUGGGAGUAUUAGCGUUAGCCAUAGACGGUGCUGCUGACUCUCCUUUUUUAAGCGUUCUUUCCUUUCGUUUUCAUAGAAGCCAUACUGUUGAGUCACAACAUAGAUAUGAAGUCUGAAAAGCAGAAAGGACUAUUUAGAUGAGUGAAUGUAUUUAGUUUAUCACACAAUGGGUAACUAAUGGCCUGGUUUACCCAAAGAAACUAAGCACUACAAUCCCACACUUCUUCUAAUUGGAAACAGAUGGCAUGGACAUUUUGAAAGUCAUGAGAUUCCUUUUUAGCUGUUAGUUUUAAGCCUUUCUUAACCAGUUAUUCUCCUCUCUCCUCUACUUACUAAAAAGCUAUGCCAAUAGAAGAUAGGUAUUUAAUGUUUUUGUGCUCACCGAUGACUACUGAGGUGAGAACCUAUAAUACGUGGAAUCUAAUAAUGUAUGACUAAUUCUUUAAAAGCCCAAACAUCUUAACUAUUAUAUGCAAUAACUUAUUCAUCCAAAUGAGGGGCUCCUCAUUUUGGGAGGCCACCACCAUCAUUCAAAAUGUCUUUGAAAUUCCUCCUUUGGAAUUGUCUUCAGACCCAGUUUACCAGCCACAUAAGAAAAUCUGUAUCAUUAGCUUACAUUAACAACAUUACAACCACACCUUCAUUUGAACUAAAAAUAGUAUCAUCCAGCUUACUUGUCCUAUUUAUCUAUCCUGUUUGCCUCUGGAUGACUUUUGGCUGCUCCCCAAAAAUGACAUCCAUACUUAAAGAUAUUGAACAUGAAGGAUGCCCAAAAGAAUGUGCUACAGGCUCUGAACACAACUUGAGGAGUUCCCAAGAUGGUUUCAGCAAUGGCAGGAUCUUUUGAAUCAUUGUACGGCCUCCCAAGUAGACUUUGCCCUGUUUGGUGAUAGAAAUUCUGCUCAUUUUUUUUUUUAAGUUCUAUUAUCUUCUAGUCCUGCAUCAUAAAAAUAAGUUCCAUGGCCUUUGACUUUCAAGGACUUCUGCCACAAAGGCUGUAGAUCCUAUUUGCCAUUGUGGGACAGUUUUGAUUUGGAAGUAGUGUGGACUUCUGUUUCCAUGGUUAAGGCAAAGGAAUACAGGAGAAAUGCUCUAGAUGGCCCUCAUCAGUCCUUUUCAUGUCCUCAUUCACACAAGACAGUAAUAAGACUGGAGACCACUGUAGAUGAGAAGCCUGUAGCAUAAAUGUACUUUGAGUUGAGCUUGAAGUUUGAAUCUACACAGCAUUCCUGUUUUUAUUAUACUUAUAGCUUUUAUUUUUAAUGUCUUUUAUGAAAGACAUGUGGACCACAUGUACUUAUUCUUUGAAAAUCUGGGUACAUAAAAGUCAAAUACUACUUGCUUUGAAACUAAAUUGGAUCUGUGAAAAUGAUCCUUUGAAACCAUUCACUAUUUCUGUAUAUCAUAAGGGGCUUCUCAGUGUUAACAUUAAGUAUCAGAAUUCUGGGUGGUAAUCUUAAAAUACAGAAUGGGAAUCACUGUCUUUUAGCUAUCAAUAAGUUUGUCCAUAAAUUUUGGAUGGCAAUUUUUAGAGGUGCACCUACCUCACGAUGGAAGAGGAAGUUUGCAUUGUAGAGAUGGAACAGGAAUUCUGAACACAGAUCAUUCUGUAUUUUUAAGACUCAAGUCAGGGAUAGGAAUUUAUUUAGGAAGUACAGAACGACAUAAGGCUGUUGCUAAUAGCUGAAGUAAUGUUUAAUAGCUUAGGAGGGAGAAAAAGAGAACACAGGUUGGAAUGUCAAAUAGUCCAUGUCUCAAGAUUAUUUUUUUCCAUAUGGCACAAAAGAGAACUUGGAAAAUUUCACUUCCUUAAGACAGAAACUAGAGACACUGACCUUAAUGUAUUCUUCCACUUCCUCUUUUUUUCCCUCCUUCCUUCUCCAGGUAAGUUGCCUAUGUGCUGCUAUUAAUUUUCUGUACCUUUCUUCCCCCACUCUUCCAACUAAAUAUUUGGGUCAUAAUAACCAACAUUCUUGGUGGUUGUGGAGUAUUAUUGAUACAAAGGUUUGGGCUGUUGUGUUAGAAGAGGUAAUUAACGUACUUACUGAUUUUGCUAAAGUUAUUCCUAAAGAUGACUUGUUUGGGUGCUGUUUACAGCUCUUAAAAGUCUGUGUCACUGAAGAACCAACCACUGAUGAUAAGAUAGUGAUGCAAUGGUGUUUUGUUUUGUGUUGUUGUUGUUCUUUAAGACAAUACUUAUUUCUCCCAAUGACUAAUGUUGAACUCUUCGGCCCAGGUGAUUCUUGAUUUGCACAUGUUUUCUCCUGUUGCUGAAAUGCAGUUCUUCUGAAUGUUUCAAAAUAAAUUUCUGGAAGUGCAUUUUCAUUUUAAGAACAUUUUCACUCUUAAAAUUGUUCCUCAUAGAUUAUUGUAUUUUUAGGAGGUUUUUUUAAAAACAUCCACUAACUGUAGUUUAUUUUUGUAUAUGUCCAACCAGGAUUCAGGGGGUACUGUUUUUCCAGGGAAUGCUUCUGUUUGAAUUUUUCCUGUACUUUGAAGGGUGUGUUUACUCUGUUACCACUAGCUCUCAAAAUCUGGGACAAGAGAAGAAUGCAGUAAAUGCAUAUGGCAGUUUCUGAAUAAAUGAAUAAGUAAUUUUAGGUGAAAGUUGCAAGAAUACUACAAAAGCAAGAUCAUUCUUAUUUGAACAUACAUGUUAUGUUUACAGUGUGUUAGACAAUUGUAAAACCUAUAAGGAAGUGGUCCCUGUUGUCAUGAAGAGAGUCAUAUCCACUUUAUAUUAAAGCAGCUUGAAGAAAAAAUAGAUGUAAAAUAUGAAAUGCAUUAUGAGAAAUUGUAAGCUAACUGUGCCAAUCUUACUUUGGUUUGUAGUUGCUAAUGAUUAUUAUCUUAGAUUCUACCAGUACAUUGUUUUGAUUUUAAAAGAGAGGGAGAAAUGAAUGUCAGAAAAAUUCUUAACAUGUUUUAUUUGAGAGAUGUAAAUAAUAUAUUCAGAUUGUGGUAUGUAAUGUGCCCAGGAGGUAUUUAAAUUCUAGGAUUUUUUUCCCAGUAAGAAAUUGAAUGCUGUUUAUAAGAGAAAUGAAUAAAUAGAUAUGUUUGGCCAUGA